AUGGAGGGUGAGGGUGGCUAUAUGCUUCUUCCGGGCCAAAGGUUUUGCCCCAUGGAAGAUGAACUGCUCAUGUACUACCUUAAACCCAAGGUGAAUGGAGAGGAGGUACCCGGAAAAGAAGCCCUUAUUUGCGAGUUGGAUCUUUAUGGUGAGCAAGAACCUUGGAAUAUAUGGGAAAGAUAUGAAGCAACAAGGGCAAACGACUUGAGAAGGAACAAAGAUCUCUACUUCUUUACCAAAAAGAAGAAGGUGAGUGCAAAAGCCUCGCGUAUAAGGAGAAAAGUUGGGAGUGGUUCAUGGAAAGGCCUGGACGCAGCCAAGGAGAUAUAUCUUCUUGAUGAUCAGAAUCGGCAGCCAACAACUACUCUUCUUGGUUUCAAGAAAACCUACACCUACAAGAAUACCAGCUCUGUGCAUCAUGGUCGCUGGAUCAUGUACGAGUUCGAACUUGAUGAUUCGCAACUCCUGCACAAGAAACAACAAGUAAAUAAGAAUGAAUACUCUCUUUGUUUACUUAGGAAGAAUGAUAUACUACCGGAAAAGAAGAAGAAGAGAAAAUUAAGGCAAGAAGAAGAGAAUCAUGAGAUGCUCCAAGAUAAUGUGCCAAUCUCCAUCGUCAACACCGAUCCUGAAUCGGAGCCGCAAGCGAAACGGCCAUGCACUCAUGAUAAUGUGCCAGCACCAUCACCAUCAUUAUUGGAUUUCGCUCAGCUAGAAAAAUGGUAUGAUCAACAACAAUUCUUGCUGCCAGCUGAACCUCAACCAAGCUGGGAAGAAAAUUUGGGGCAGAUACCAACAUUUUCAGCUAAUGAAUUAAUGAGUGGCCAUAACUCUCACCAAGAUAAAAAUCAGGUGCAUGAGCAAAUGCCAGCUGAAGAGGGUAUCUUGACACCAGGGGAAGUCGAUCUGUAUGGAGGCAACUUGAGUGAUGUUAUGGUUGGUGCAAACUGGCCCAACUCUUUUAUAGGGGAGCUAGUGGAGGAUGAGCAGCCAUAUACCAUGGAAGAGGGUGAAUGGAAUGAUUUUCUUGUUCAGAUUUUGAGUACUUAG